ACUCCAGAUGAUCAAAUUAUGACAUGGAUACUAAGAAUUUGAAUUCCCACUUCAAAGUAUUAGCCAUUACCCAUCUACUACUCCAUUGCGCAAAUGCAGUUAGCACAGCAACGAAGCCCGACCCCGACAGGGGAAAAGGCGAAUGGCAGCUUCUGCUGAAGAACACUGGUGUAGUGGCAAUGCACAUGGCCGUAACUCAUCGAAACACGGUCGUAAUGUUUGACCAGAUGGGAUCAGGCAGGUCGGGUUACAGAUUACGGAAGCGUCAUGAUGGAACGAGAUGUCGAAAUGUGCGAAAAGACUUUAACGACUCAUCUUGUUAUGCUCACUCAAUUGAGUAUGAUGUGUUGAGGAACAGCAUUAGGCCUCUCAACAUUGAGACGGAUACUUGGUGCUCGUCAGGUUCUAUGUUGAGCAACGGAACGCUGAUCCAAACGGGCGGUUUUGGUUCCGGUUCAAGGAGGAUACGUUACUUUAAGCCGUGCCAGAAUCACCAUUGUGAUUGGAGAGAGGGGAGGAAGCUUUUAUCAAAUGAAAGAUGGUAUGCUUCCAGCCUGAAACUCCCGGAUAAAGACGACAGGGUGAUCGUUGUUGGUGGGAGAGACGUUUUUACUUAUGAAUUUGUGCCGAAAAGAUCGCCUAGCGAGAAAUCUUUCAUUCUUCCUUUCUUGAGAAAGACUUAUGACAGAAAUGAGGGAGGGAACAAUCUCUACCCCAUUGUCCAUCUUUCAUCUGAUGGCCAUCUGUUCAUGUUUGCCAACAGGGACUCCAUCCUUUUCAACUAUAAACGAAACAGGGUAGUUAAGAAAUUCCCAAGAAUCCCUGGAAAAGGAUCAAGAAGCUAUCCAAGCACAGGCUCCUCAGUGAUUCUCCCUCUACACUACAAUGACGGAUUCCGGAAAGUGGAAGUAAUGAUAUGUGGAGGAUCGGCAGCCGGGGCCUUUUCAGCAGCCAAACAAGGCAGAUUCUUGAAGGGCUCAAGAACAUGUGGAAGAAUGGUAAUCACAGGCAACAACCACAAGUGGAAAAUGGAGAACAUGCCAGGGCCGCGCCUAAUGCACGACAUGAUCACUCUCCCAACAGGCCAUGUUCUAAUCAUAAACGGUGCCAAGAACGGGUGCGGUGGAUGGAACUACGCAUCAAAUCCUUCCCUCCAACCUUACCUCUACAACCCCAAGAAAAUGAUAGGAAGACGGUUCACGAUCCUUAAGUCCACCAAGAUAGCAAGAAUGUACCAUUCGUCGGCCGUCCUAUUACCUGACGGAAGAGUUCUUGUUGGGGGCAGCAACCCUAACAACAAGUACACAUUCAAGAACGUGCCUCACCCGACCGAGCUCCGGUUACAAGCAUUCGUCCCGCCGCAUGUGGGGAAGGAAUCCAACGGGAGAAGGCCUCAAAAUGUGUCCAUAUAUACAAGUGGGAAUGAUGAAAUAGUGGGAUAUGGGGGACGAUUUCAUGUGAAGUUUUUAUUGAAGACAAAGUUGAGUAAGAUGCUAGCCUUCACCGCAUAUGCAUCUCCAUUCAACACUCAUUCAAUCUCUAUGAACCAGAGGAUGCUGGUGCUCAGGUGCAAGAACAUUAAGAGGACAAAGGAUGGAUGGCUUAAUGCCCUUGUGGAAGCUCCUCCUUCUCCUAAAGUUGCACCUUCUGGCUAUUAUAUGCUUACUGUUCUUCAUAAUGGGAUCCCUAGUAGAUCCCACUGGAUUAAGUUUACACAUACUUGACCCAUCACCCCCCCCCCACCCCAACAGAUAAGAAAUGAUGAAUAACUUGGAAUAAUGUGGUUGGUAUGCUGUAUUGCUAUAUGGAAAUGACACAAUGGCAGUCCCUUUUUUGUUUUUUU